AUGACUCGAAACCAUCAAAGAGAUAUGGCAGUUGUCGAACCAACAGGCCUGAUUCUGUCUCACGACGGGAGCCCACGGCCAACCAGAUACCAUUAUGCGUUUUCCUCAUCAGCAAUGAUAGUAGUUCGACGCAGACGACACGCAGAUAUGCGCGCACAAAUACCGUAUCGCUCAAGACGAGCUGUCAUACCCUAUCAGCCCAAACCCGGCCCAUAUCGUCUGCAGUGCAGAAAUAACAACCACGCGGGGAUGGUAGCCGUGGACGCUAUGGUGCGAGAGAAAGUUGCCCAAGGUCAGCUCCAUGUCUCGCCAUAA